AUGACCGACACCGCGGACUUUGAGCAAUUUUGCUUAACUACACUCUACAAUGCUAUUCCGAUGCUCGACAACCCCAGCGACCGGUACGAGUGGAAUAAUAGGGUGUGCGAUUUUAUUGAGAUUUCCUCUGUCGCCGAAGAUGGUGCUCCUCCACCAAACAAAGAUCAGGCAAAGGAAUGGUAUCGCCGACAGAAACUCUACACAGCCAUGAUCAUGAAGAAGCUGUCGCACAACGCUGCGCCGCGAAUUAAGGCCUUAGGGAUCAGUGACGUGCAAUCUCUUCUUGAAGCUGUGCGAGAGCGCUUCAACUUUAGCCGCCUCAAGGACGAGGCAAUCGAGGAAGAGUACCGAUCCGGCCAGCGGGGCAAUGAGCCGGCGAAGGCGCAGCGUGUUAGCAACCAGAUUCAAACUCUUACCCGCCAGAUAUUGAUAUCACCGGACGAAACCAGAUGCCAGAUUCACAUAGACAAGGUUCCGUUUUGCUCAUUUUGUCCCACCAAACUCGCACAGCAACCCAGAAACAUUUAG